UCCCGUUUGUUGUCAAUCAACAAAACAAAAUAAAUGCACAUUUUCAUGCCGGUGCCGUCGAAUCUUCCACUAAACGCUAUGGUAAGAGAUGUCCAGAGUCAACAUGUCAGACGAUGACCCUGUCAUCACCCAACAGCCCUCCGCCCAGCCCGUCCCCACAGACAAAGGCGGUACCCCCGGGCCGACGAGGGCCAAGCGAGGCCCUGUGUUAGAGGAACUAGAAAAACUGGAUAAAGUCAUAUUGAGUCAAGAGAUUUCUGCUUUAAAACUUGUUUGUCCCUGCUGUAUUGGUCGCGGCGCUUACACGGUACAUGACGAGACUGACUCGCCAGACGAUGUCCUGUUGGAGAUCCGAGAAGCUUUCGUAUGUUUAUACCGUCCCUGCCUCGGAUCUGCUCGGGAUUUUACGUCAAGACUGCAUGAUUUCAGCGACAAUGACGUCGUAGGGUCGGUCCGGAGAGAAAUCAGUUUCCGGGGCUGCUGUAUUACCACGUGUUACCUUCCGGAACUCCACGUCAGUUACCCACUUCCUGCAAAACUCGGCAUUAUAAGAGAAAGACGCACGUGCUGCAGACCGAGCUUUGAGAUCCUAGAUGGCGCCGGUGACGUCAUAUUUACGUUCACAAACGACUGCUGUUACCCCCAGUACUGUGGAUUUUUCAUGGAUUAUGCAAUUUAUGUGAAAGAUAAUGAGGAUGAAAUUAUUGCAAAAAUUGUGAAGAAAUCCUACCAUAAUGGAGAGGAACUUAUUGGUGUUGAAAACAAACUGCAUAUUGAAUUUAUAAAGAAAAUAAAGGCGACGGAAAAGUUGCUUGUAAUAAAUGCAGCUCUAUUAGUGAGUCUCAAUAAUUUUGAGGACAGUAAACGACUGUGCUGCUGAGUUCAAGAAUUUCUUGAGGGCGUCGAACACGAGCUGAGCAACGAUCGGCAGUAUGUGUUGUCGGUUGGAAAAGUUUCAAGCUGGUCAACGUUCUGAUUUUGUUGAGAGCACCGUGUGACUGUUACAAUUUGGAUGACAGCUACAUGUAGCUGUCUCAAAUGAUGAUAUUAUAACACAAUCAGGGUAUUUAUUGUGAUAUUGCAAUUACUUGUUUACACAAUCUAUAAACGUAUAUAUAUAUAAUAUAUAAUUUAUAUAUCAAUCUAAUGAAAAUCGAUAUAAGUAAAUUUUAUUGGCAAAGUUACGUGUGUUUGAACUUCGCGCGUUCAAUCAGAAAUGUUCGGUUUAUGUACAAUUAACGUUGUAUACAUAUCGAAAUAUAUUUGCGCUUUACUGCGUAAAAAUGAAUUGUUUUUCUUUGAUACAGCACAAAAUACACGUUCAAUUGCAACUCAUGAACAAAUAUUUUAUUAUUGUCUAUAUUGUUUAAUAUAUGUUAUACAUGUAUAACGAAUAUAUUCAGACAAAAUAAUAGUAGAUAUUAUCAAAUAAAUUAAAUUAAACGAAACACAAUAUGCUGAUGUCGUCCCUUUAGUGUCAUAUUUACUGGUUGACUGAUCGGAAUGGUGUCGGUAGUGAUAUCUUUAAAACAAAAUAAGGCACUCCCACGCCCCAUUAAGCAAAGAGACGGGUCUCCCGCGGGAUUGAAAGCUUAUUAAAGUUUGAUAUCUAAAGUCAAAUACAGAAUAACUCCAUUGCAUUCCUUUAUAGUUCUGUGUGUGCAUAUAUACAAAGAGUUUUUCCUGAUGGGUUUGUUAUUGGUGACUAUUUUUUUUAAAGAUUCGUUAAGCAUUAAAUAGACCUUUUAAAUGCAACAUUAUACAAUAUUAUCAGUUAUGAGGUGAUAUCUAGGACUUUUGUGAAUAUGAUACCGCCAUUUUGUCUACUUUCUAUAUCAUAGUCAAUAUCAAAUAGCCAUCAA